AUGCCCAUGAUUUGGGCUCUUCAAAAUGAUCCAGUAUUUGAUCUGCUACCAAUCUCCAUCAAAGAACACGCUAAAACCCAGCAGGAGAAAUUUCUUCGCGACUACAGAACUGUCCAAGAGUUUCUUUCUGAUGUUGGUCUGGACUCUGCAAACCCUGUUUCCCAAGAUGAUUUUUUAUGGGCUUGGGUUUGCUGCAAUUCCAGAUGUUUAUACAUGGAGCUACCAGAAAUAUUGGAAAAAAAGCUGGAAGACAAUCUUACAAUGGUCCCUUUUGUUGACUUCAUUAACCACGCACCUGAAGAUCAUUGCUUUGUUAGUAUUUCUCCGACUAAAGGAUUUCAAGUGACGUCUGGGCCUCGUCCAUAUAGUGGUGGAGACCAAAUCUUUUUCAGCUACGGAGCGCACAGUGACGAGUUUCUUCUCUGCGAGUAUGGAUUUAUGCUACCAUCUCGUUGUAAUCCAUGGAACAGCGUUGAUAUAACACCCUACGUUUUGGCCUUGCUCAGAGCAGAACAAUCGGAAUUUCUUAAAGAACACAACUACUACGGUGAGUACACUGUAAUGUCGGAUCAGAUAUCAUUCCGGACUGAGAUCGCUCUGGCAACGCUACAGGUAAAAGAUCUUAGCAAAAUACUUGCAAUUAUUAGUGGCAUGAGCGAGGGUGGUGCCUAUAAAAAGAAUACCGACUUACUAAUUAAAAAGAUCCUGAACAAAAUAUUGACGACCUCGAAAGAAAGAGUGGGAAAACUACGCCAAUGUUCCGAAAGCUACAACAGAUCAUCGCUGGCUAUUCAAGCACAUCAUAAUAUCAAUAUAAUUUGCGACGACUAUAUACAUCAUUAA